AUGCAAGUGAAUGAAAAUUUCCCUCGGCCGGCAUCGGAACACAGUCCGUUGCUCCCUAAAACCGACCACGAGCACCUCAUAAUACGCUGCUCUGCACAAGAAGAUGAAGAUGAAAAUGAAAAUGCAAUCCCAGAAGUCUCCCUCAAAGUCGAAGCUUCUAUCCUCUUCCGAUACUCAGGCCCUUUAGUCGUAACAUACUUUCUACAGUAUGCCUACCAGCUCAUCAUCAUCGCUGUUGCAGCCCAGCUCUCGACCGAGGAGAUCGCAGGCGUAUCUUUAGGAAUCACGACCAGUAACAUCACGGGCUAUUCGAUUUUCGAAGGUUUUGCUACUGCGCUCGAUACUCUUUGCUCGCAGGCGUAUGGCAGUGGGCGUCUGACCGAUGUGGGACUCGAUGUCAUUCGAGCGACUGUUCUGGUGCAUUUGACUGCCGUCGUCCCGAUUGGUGUGGUAUGGCUUUGCUCUCGCGGGAUCUUCAAUGCUCUCGUGCCCCAAGGAGACCUUGUAGAGCAUGCUAGUAGCUUCUUGUAUUGGACUUUGAUCGGAGUUCCGGGCUAUUGUGCUUUCGAACAUGGUAAACGCUUCAUGCAAGCCCAGGGCAACUUCAAUGCUGGACUGGUCGUACUAAUUGCCUGCCUGCCUAUCAACCUCGCAUUGACGUACUAUCUGGUCAUCGUUGCCGACAUGCGUGUUGCCGGUGCAGCGCUGUCUUCAUCUUUGACGAAUCUCAUUCGGCCCAUCUUGCUCGCACUUUACGCUAUGGUCAUUGACCGGUCCACUCUGCAAUGCUGGCCCUCUGCUCAAGAGGUGAAGAAAGGGUGGAGAAAAGGCUGGAGACUUAUCAUGCGCCUUGCUAUGCCAGGCGUACUGAUGAACUUGUCUGAGUGGCUUUGCUUUGAGAUUUUGACCUUCUGCACGACGUAUGUUGGUACUGCCGCACUUGCCGCCCAGACUUUCCUUGCCACUACGACAACGAUUGUCUGGCACGUGCCUUUCUCGGCUUCCAUUGCUUGCAGCACUAGGGUCGGGCAGCUCGUGGGAGCUGGCAUGACGAACUCGACCGCGAAGGUAAUCCGUUGGUAUGGAUGUGUCUUUAGCGCGAUAGGGAUUAUCGAUGCCAUUGGUAGCAUCGGCAUAGUCGUGCUCAUGUUGAAGACCAUCGUACACGACUCUGAGGUUGCGAGAAUCAUCAUCGAAACAUUGCCUUUCAUGGCACUAUUUACCUUUUUUGAAGCAUCUUCAAAUUGGCCACACGCCGUUGUCCGCGGAUUCGGCUGGCAAGAUAUCGGAGCAUGGUGCACAGUCACCAUCAACUAUCUCUACGCACUACCUUUAGCUGCGUUUCUGGAACUCGGGCCACCUAAAAUGGGUAUUCGAGGACUUUGGAUCGGCCUCGGGAGUGGGCUCGCUUUGGUACUGUACGAUGACCGAGGCAAAAUCGCUGAGAUUUGA